CAUUGUCACGUUUACUAGCUAUCUAUUGUAUUGCCCAUAAUAUGACAAACUUCCGCUUUGCAGCUAGCUAGCUAAAUUGUUCACUAGAACGGAUACAGCCUUUGUCAGAUUUGACUUUUCGUAGCAGGUUAGGAUAAUUAACGUAUCAGGUUAGGAUAAUUGUUAAGGUUAUGAAAAUGUUUGGGGUUAUAGUUUGCUAAAAUGCAAAACAGUAUAAACUUUUUACGUUAAUUUGACAAUCUGUAUACCUUCUAGCCAUGACCGCUAGCUAACACAAGGGCAAAAUGACAUGUUGUGCUCUCCGGUUGGCACUGCCUAUUGAGUCCUGGAACAGAGCCAUGGCUUUAAAGGUGAUCCAGAGGCUUCAACUGCUCAGGCAGACAGGGGCACACCUCUGUCCUCCAGGCGAGCUGAGUCGCACCAGACUCCUGAGUGUUCCGAUAGGGGAGCCCAUGUGUGUGGCGUGUCUAUGGACCUCAGCGGACCGCUGUAUCCAGAGGCAGGGCUGUCGGAAACUCAGUCAGCCAGACUGCGGAAGGAUGAGUUUGUCCACCAUUACCAAGGACCCUUUCUACACCACUGGGUCAGUCAGCCUCCACAAAGACUCAGUCCCCAGGUUCCGUCUGAGUCAGCUGCACCGGCCGACUGAUGCAGAGGAGAAGGCCUUCCAUGACCGCCUGGUUAGCUGCUCUUCCUCCAGACAGGUGCUGAGACUCCUUCGCACAGUGGAGAUUAUGUCUGACACCAUGGCAGCGGCAGCCCUGCACCGCGUGGCUGACAUAGAGCAGGAUGGCACCUCCCUGAAGGACCCCAAAGUGUUGGAAGAGGACACUCUCAGGGCCCUGUGCUGCCAGCUGGAGCAGGACUCUGGGCGUCUGACGGAGGCCGGGCUGGUUUCUGCCCUGCUGGCCUGCACCCGCCUCUAUGUGGACCCCUGGAGCACGCUGGUGGUUCGGCUGGUGUCAGAGAGCCAGGAGCGGCUGGACAGGGGRCAGAUGAGCGUGGGCCAGCUGUGCACCCUGGGCCAGGCCCUGCUGGCCCUGGAGGGCCCGGGCUGUGGGAUGCUGGAGCAGCUGAUGGUGCAGGUACAGAGGCAGGGGCCUGGUCAGUGGAGUCUGGUAGAACUCACUGCAGUAUACAGACUGCUGCAGGCUGGAGUAGGGGAGGAGGGCCGCUACCAGGACCUCCUAAACGCUAUGCACGCCUACACUGUGUCAGUCACCUCACGUAUGGACCCCCCUGCUAUCAGCAGCGUGCUUAGUGCUUUGGUGGUCCUGAACCAGACCCAGGCCAUGCCCCUGGUCAUUAGCCUGUGUAAGCAGGCGGUCAGGCACAUACCCCACUUCAGAGACGAGGAGCUGGGUCUAGUGCUCGGGGCACUCAUGCACUUCGGCCACAGCGACCACUUCUUGGUGGAGGCCAUGGAGAGGCACGUGCCCAAGAUGACGUUCACGUCUCACCCAGAGACAGUGACCAAGGUGAUGCAYUAUUUUGGGCGUCGGAACAUCCUGUCGCUGCCAGUGUUUGACGCGGUGGCAGAGAGCUUUGUGUACCGGGCAGACGAAUACAGCACCAGCCAAGUGGCCAGGCAGAUCAUGCCGUUCGGGAAGCUGGGCUACCUGCCGCCCAACGCCGGGGAGGUGUUCCGGAAGGUGGAGGCCAUCCUGCACGCACGCUUCUCUCACUUCCAGCCCCGGACACUCCUCAACCUGCUGCACUCCUGCAUCCUGGUAGAGCGGUUCCCUGUCAACUUUGUGUCCAAGGUCUUCAACCGCUACUUCCUCCAGCAACUACAAGAGCAAGGCUCAGGGGUUGACCGGAUUGUUCUGGCACAACUGACCCAACUCUACAUGACUGUGAAGCUUGAAUGCCCUUUCUAUGAGGGUCCAAGGCUCCUUCCUAAGUACCGUGUCAAGUCUUUCCUAACUCCUGGUCGGUCUCUGGAGACGCCGGUUGACGGACACCUCUACAACUAUGUGAAAACUGGCCUGGUGGAUCUACUAGGGGCCCGCAACUACUUCGCUUCCAGAGUCCUCACUCCAUACUGCUACACACUAGAUGUGGAAAUAAAGCUUGAUGAGGAAGGAUAUGUAUUGCCUGCCAGUCAAAUCGAUGAUAUCUACAAGAGGAUAGCAGUUUGCAUUGACGGCCACAAGAGGUUCACUGUGAACACAAGACAGCUGCUAGGGAAAGAGGCCAUCAAGCAGCGGCACCUGAGGCUUCUGGGAUACGAAGUUGUUCAGAUUCCUUACUAUGAAUUUGAAAAGCUUUGGAACAAGACUGAGGUUGUUGAAUACCUUCACAAGAAGAUCUUCCCCCUCAGCUAUAGGCUCAGUUGGUGAUGACUGGCUCAAACAAGGCCUUUGUUGCUGUGGUUGUCAUAAAACUAUACAGUUUGGGCACUGUUUUUGUAAGGGUCUGUAUCAGGGCUCUCCAAACCUGAUCCUGGAGAGCUACCUUCCUGUGUAGGUUUUCACUUCAACCCCAGUUGAAACUUACCUGAUUCAGCGAAAACCUAGAGGACAGUAGUUCUCCAGGAACAGGGUUGGAGAGCCCUCGUCUAAAUGCUACAUUGUCCAACAUUUGUACYCGAAGAGAAAGCAUAUCGUUCAACUACAUGAAUACUUUCAGAAAUGUAUUUAUUGCUUUUGAGCGAUUGUAAUUCUACACGCUAUUAGUGUUCUAUUGUAUAAUUAAAUGACUGCUUUAG